AUGGGCUAUCUUUCUUGCAAUGCCGAAUCCGCCAUUUCAACGUGUGAUUCGUACAAUUUUUCUAAAAAGAAGCCCAAACUUUCCAAGAUCCGUAACUUUUCCUUUGCGGAUCUUGAAACAGCAACAAAUGGUUUCUCGGAAACCAACUUCCUAGGAAAAGGAAGUCAUGGUUCUGUAUACAGAGCAGUAUUAGGCAACGGCGAAUUAAUCGCCGCGGUCAAACUGCACCGUUAUACAGAACCAAAACAAAACACCCCCACAAAUAUAUCCGCCACUCCAGCGGAUAACGAGAUAGAAACACUAUCUCAAAUACAGAACUCGAGACUAGUCAACCUUCUCGGGUUCUGUUCAAACCAAAAAACCAAAACAAUAUUAACAAUAACCGAAUACAUGCCAAAUGGCUCAUUAUUCGACUUAUUACACAAAAACAAUACCAAAUUACCCAGUUUAGCAAAACGAAUAAAAAUCGCUAUUCAAAUAGCGAAAGCUGUACAUUAUUUACAUACCUCAAAUCCACCUGUAAUUCAUAGAGAUAUAAAAUCAUCAAAUAUAUUAUUUGAUGAAAAAUGGAAUGCCCGCCUUGGCGACUUCGGGCUGGCAUUAAGAGGAAAUGUGGAAGAUGUCAAAGUGUCGUGUACACCACCUGCCGGAACUUUAGGAUAUCUUGAUCCAUGUUAUUUGGCACCGGGGGAUUUAAGUGCAAAAAAUGAUGUUUUCAGUUUUGGCAUUUUGUUGUUGGAGAUAUUUUCGGGUCGGAAUGCGAUUGAUUUAAGGUUUAGUCCGCCGUCAGUGGUGGAUUGGGCUGUUCCAUUGAUAAAAUCCGGUGACUAUGGGGAGAUUUUUGAUGGGUGUCUUGGGGUUGACGGCGGUGACACCGCCGUGAGACAGCUGGCGGUGUUGGCGGCGAGGUGUGUGGUGUCCAAGGCGGAGAAACGGCCCGGGAUGGCGGAGGUGGUGGCGUGUUUGAAAUCGGCAAGAAAAAGGAUUUCCUCUGUUUCAUGGCGGCGCGUGGUUUCGACUCACGCGCCUUUUCGCGAGUAUGAUUACGCGCCGGCGCUCGUGAAGUAUGAGGCUUUGACUGAAAGUAACGAGACGGUCAAAGUUUGUAAAAGUUCGAGUAAGAGGAACAGGAAAUUGUCUAGUGUGAUAUGUGGUGAAAUGGGUGAUUGCCACGUGGCAAGAUCUAAGUCGAUAGGAUGUGUUAGUGAUUUGAAAGAUAAACCGUUGGAUAGGUCAAAGUCAACAGGUGAAUUGGGGUACAGAAGGAGAAAUGGUGGUGGGAUUGUUUUGCAGAUGAUUAGAAAUCCUAAUAUUAGAGAAUUUGAAUCAUCUAAAUUGCUUGUGAAAUUUAGUUGAUAUGAUAUGAUUUUAGAAACAGUUUUUGUAUACAUAGUGUCAUGAUAUAUUUGACAAAGAUAAUCUGUUUUUUGUGAGUU